UUGCCAGUAGUGGCAGCAGCGGGACUCAAUUACCCCCUUUUCUCACUCUCUCCAGAAGCUCCAGAUGGCGUCUUCUGUGGGCAACGUGGCCAACAGCACAGAACCAACGAAACGUAUGCUUUCCUUCCAAGGGUUAGCUGAGUUGGUACAUCGAGAGUAUCAGGCAGGAGAUUUUGAGGCAGCUGAGAGACACUGCAUGCAGCUGUGGAGACAAGAGCCAGACAAUACUGGAGUACUUUUAUUACUUUCAUCUCUACACUUCCAGUGUCAAAGGCUGGACAGAUCUGCCCACUUUAGUACUCUGGCAAUUAAACAGAACCCUCUUCUGGCAGAAGCCUAUUCGAAUUUGGGGAAUGUGUACAAGGAAAGAGGGCAGUUGCAGGAAGCAAUUGAGCAUUACCGGCAUGCAUUGCAUCUCAAACCAGAUUUCAUCGAUGGUUAUAUUAACCUGGCAGCCGCUUUGGUAGCAGCAGGCGACAUGGAAGGGGCAGUACAAGCUUACGUCUCUGCUCUUCAGUGCAAUCCUGAUUUGUACUGUGUUCGCAGUGACCUGGGGAACCUGCUCAAAGCCCUGGGUCGCUUGGAAGGAGCCAAGGCAUGUUAUUUGAAAGCAAUGGAGACGCAACCGAACUUUGCAGUAGCUUGGAGUAAUCUUGGCUGUGUUUUCAAUGCACAAGGGGAGAUUUGGCUUGCCAUUCAUCACUUUGAAAAGGCUGUCACGCUUGACCCCAAUUUUCUGGAUGCUUAUAUCAAUUUAGGAAAUGUCUUGAAAGAGGCACGGAUUUUUGACAGAGCUGUGGCAGCUUACCUUUGUGCCCUAAGCUUGAGCCCAAAUCAUGCAGUGGUACAUGCCAACCUGGCUUGUGUAUACUAUGAGCAAGGCCUGAUGGAUCUGGCACUAGACACCUACAGGCGAGCUAUUGAAUUGCAACCACAUUUCCCUGAUGCUUACUGCAACCUAGCCAACGCUCUGGAAGAGAAGGGCAGUGUUGCCGAAGCAGAAGAGUGUUAUAAUACAGCUCUGCGGCUGUGUCCCACCCAUGCAGACUCUCUGAAUAACCUAGCCAAUAUCAAAGGAGACCAGGGAAACUUUGAAGAGGCAGUUCGCUUGUAUUGUAAAGCAUUAGAAGUCUUCCCAGAGUUUGCUGUUGCUCAUUCAAAUUUAGCAAGUGUAUUGCAGCAGCAGGGAAAACUGCAGGAAGCUCUGAUGCAUUAUAAGGAGGCUGUUCGAAUCAGUCCUACCUUUGCUGAUGCCUACUGUAACAUGGGAGACACUCUAAAGGAGAUGCAGCAUGUUCAGGGAGCCUUGCAGUGUUAUACUCGUGCCAUUCAGAUUAACCCUGCACUUGCGGAUGCCCACAGCAAUCUGGCUUCCAUUCACAAGUAUUCAGGGAAUAUUCCAGAAGCAAUUGCUUCUUAUCGCACUGCUCUGAAGCUUGAACCUGAUUUUCCUGACGCUUAUUGUGAUUUGGCUCAUUGCCUGCAGAUUGUCUGUGAUUGGACAGACUAUGAUGAGCGAAUGAAGAAGUUGGUCAGCAUUGUGGCUGACCAGCUGGAGAAGAAUAGGUUGCCUUCUGUGCAGCCUCAUCAUAGUAUGCUCUAUCCUCUUUCUCAUGGCUUCAGGAAGGCUAUUGCUGAGAGCCAUGGGAACCUCUGCUUGGAUGAGAUCAGUGUCCUUCAUAAACCACCGUACGAACAUCCAGAAGACUUGAAGCUCAGUGAUGGUCGACUGCGUGUAGGAUACGUGAGUUCUGACUUUGGGAAUCAUCCUACUUCUCAUCUUAUGCAGUCUAUUCCAGGCAUGCACAAUCCUGAUAAAUUUGAGGUAUUCUGUUAUGCCCUGAGCCCAGAUGAUGGCACAAACUUCCGAGCAAAGGUGAUGGCAGAAGCCCAUCAUUUCAUUGAUCUUUCUCAGAUUCCAUGCAAUGGGAAAGCAGCUGAUCGCAUCCAUCAAGAUGGUAUACACAUCCUUGUAAAUAUGAAUGGUUAUACCAGGGGUGCUCGAAAUGAACUCUUUGCUCUCAGGCCAGCUCCUAUUCAGGCAAUGUGGCUGGGCUACCCUGGGACCAGUGGCAUGCUUUUCAUGGAUUAUAUCAUCACUGAUCAGGAAACUUCACCUGCUGAAGUUGCUGAGCAGUAUUCUGAGAAACUGGCUUAUAUGCCCCAUACUUUCUUUAUUGGUGAUCAUGCUAAUAUGUUCCCUCACCUGAAGAAGAAGGCAGUCAUCGAUUUUAAGUCCAAUGGGCACAUUUAUGACAAUCGGGUUGUGCUGAAUGGCAUCGACCUCAAAGCAUUUCUUGAUAGUCUCCCAGAUGUGCAGAUUGUCAAGAUGAAAUGUCCUGAUGGAGGAGACAACGCAGACAGCAGUAAUACGGCUCUUAAUAUGCCUGUCAUUCCUAUGAAUGCUAUUGCAGAGGCAGUUAUUGAAAUGAUUAACAGAGGACAAAUUCAGAUAACAAUUAAUGGAUUCAGUCUUAGCAAUGGACUGGCAACUACCCAGAUCAACAUUAAGGCUGCCGCUGGAGAGGAGGUUCCCCGUACCAUUAUUGUAACCACACGUUCUCAGUACGGGUUACCGGAAGAUGCCAUUGUGUACUGUAACUUCAAUCAGUUAUAUAAAAUUGACCCAUCUACUUUGCAGAUGUGGGCAAAUAUUCUGAAGCGUGUUCCCAAUAGUGUACUGUGGCUGUUGCGUUUUCCAGCAGUAGGAGAACCUAAUAUUCAACAGUAUGCACAAAAUAUGGGCCUUCCCCAGAAGCGUAUCAUUUUUUCACCUGUUGCUCCUAAAGAGGAACAUGUUCGGAGAGGCCAGCUGGCUGAUGUCUGCUUGGACACUCCACUCUGUAAUGGACACACCACAGGGAUGGAUGUCCUUUGGUCAGGGACACCCGUGGUGACUAUGCCAGGAGAGACUCUUGCUUCCCGAGUUGCAGCUUCCCAGCUCACUUGUUUAGGCUGUCUUGAGCUUAUUGCUCAAAAUAGACAAGAAUAUGAAGACAUAGCUGUGAAACUGGGAACUGAUCUAGAAUACCUGAAGAAAAUUCGUGGCAAAGUCUGGAAGCAGAGAACAUCUAGCCCUCUGUUCAACACCAAACAAUACACAAUGGACCUAGAGCGGCUCUAUCUACAGAUGUGGGAGCAUUACGCAGCUGGCAACAAACCUGAUCACAUGAUUAAGCCUGUUGAAGUCACUGAGUCGGCCUAAAUAAUGACUGUGUGCACAGGAGAAUUACCCUGUACCUGAGCCUCAACCUUCUGGGGGAAAGGGAACUACUUUUUCCUUAUCUGUACAAUACCAUGCUGCAGAUGGGUGACAGACAAUGAUAAGAAAUAGCACAGCCAGACUUGCUUCCUGCAUGAUCAUGAUCACGAUAGGGAGAGACACAAGAGAUGGGAAACUGCUGUUCCACAAGGAGUCUCCAUAGAAUUGUGCAGCAGCCAGGUGUCUGGAAGGUAAGUCUGGAAGGUCUGAUCUCCCUUGGUCUUCCAUGGGAUGGAUGGUUAGUGUGGAAGGGAGAUAGAGAUUGCCCAGCCGUUUUGUGAUUAUCAUGGAUUGAUUGAGUCUUCUGAAUUAAUAUUUUUCUUUAUAUUUUGGGUAUUGGAGCUUUUAAAAAUGUUUGGUUUCAGGUAUUUUUAUUCAUGUGAAGUGUGUACGAUUCUCUUGAGAUAAGCUUUUAAGCUAAAAUAUUCCUUGUUUUAGUUUCUGAACUCGACAGAUAAAUGGGGACUUUGCUGGUAUAGUCUUUUUAUAGUUUUGUAAACCACUUGAGCCUAUAUCAGUCAUUUUAGUGUCUGACAUAAUGUUCGGAACUAUCAGUGCUUUGUUGGUUUAUAGAUGAUGGCUUAAAUUCUUUUCCUGGUCCGUUUCCUUCUUCCCUUCCCCCCACUUUAAAAAUUCUCCUGUAACUUGGCUAACAAAAAACCAAGUCUGAUUCAAAACCUCCCAGAGUGUUUCUCUUAACCGCAUCAUCUGGUGCCAAAUGAAGAUUCUUAGGAGUGAUUAUUAAUUCUGAAGGGCACAGUUGUGGUACUGUCACUGAUGAUAAUAAUAAUGGAUUUUUGGCCUAGAGUUUUGACCUAUUUCACCAGUGUUUUACCGUUGGCUGCCCCUCUAUGCUGCUUCCAAAAGUCAUAGUGUGUGUUAAGAUUUUUACUUUCAUUUCUAAUGUUUGUUUGUUUUUUUUAGUGAGUCCUGUUCUACCUUUUUCUUUCAGCAGAAAUGAAAUCCCAGGUAAGUAUAAGUAUUCAAAUAUUUGAUCAGUAAGUCACAGUUAUCUCCAGUACAUUAAAUAACUUUCAUCAAAAAACAUGUUAUAGGUAAAAAGCUCUGAAGGACCAGCUAUGUAUAUGAUAAUUAUGUUUCAGACCUUCUAGGGUAUUAUAUAUAAUAACUUGUCUUCUGGACGUGGUCUUGAAGUCUUUAUGGAUUCAGUCUCAGUAGUAGCGAACUGCACUGCUACUUGGUUUGGAGUACAAAUUAGACUUUAGCCCUCCUGGAGGUUGAGUUUUUGGUAUUGAAAACCAUAGGAAUGAAAUUAUUGUAUUUCAACAAAGGAUCGAGGGCUUGAGGCUUAAACAAGGCAACAUACGUGUGGGAAGCAGUCAGCCUUGAGGGCAGGUAAGGACAUGCCAGGCAUGCGGCCGCUGCUCGAAGGGACUGUCCCUACUUGUUCCCCUCCUUGUUCCAUUCCAUGGGAGAUAAAUCACCAGGGCCCAGAGAUCAGAAAGAAUGUAAAAUGAGACAAGCAAAGCUGUCUCCCCCCUGCACAUGCAGGUUAUUUUUGAUGCUUCUGGGUUUAUGGGUUUCCUCCCAGGGAAGUUAACCUUGAGCCGAGACAGUCUGUAGAUAAUGUAAACCACCAUCUGGCAACCUUCCGAUUUCUAGUCUAUAUAAUCUGCAACUGUAGCAUAAUAAAAUUUGCCUUGCAACCAUCAGUUGUCUUGGUCCUUCUGACCCCAUCCGUCGGUGCUACUUCAGUUCCUUACCCCUUCCCUUCUGACCCUGGGCGGUGAGAUCCUCUUUCUCCGGCUGGUCCGCGGCAAGUGGCACUCGAACAGGGACCUGAAGCGUGAAGGCAAUUGAAAGAAAAAGAAAGUGCAGGUAAGAGAACCCUUAUGCAAAAUAUGUGUGGCCACCAGUAAAAGUGAAACGAAUAGAGGCAUAAGGCAAUAGUCAGAAGUAAAAUAAGAUGGGGCAAAAGGGCUCAAAGAUGUAUGAAUUAUUUGCUCAGGUUUUACUUUUGAUGCUUAGAGCUCGGGGUAAUAAAGUUUCUGAACUUUAUUGUUGACUGAAUUUUUACAGCAUAUCCAUGGUGUAUCUCCCUGGUUUCCUGAUGGCGGCUCUGUUGACAUAGAAAUCUGGCAGAAAGUUGGAGAAGAUUUAAAAAAUUAUUACGAGUCUCGAGGGCCUACUCAUACUCCUGUUGUUACAUAUAGUUUGUGGAAUCUGAUAAAAAUAUGUUUAGAUUCUUCUCAUGAUAGUGUUGAUUUGAAUGUAAAGUCAGAAAAACAUAAGCCUCUGACAGAAGGAGAGACUGUAUUAUCAGCUACUGUGUCGCCACUUCCUAAACCGAAAGAGCUAAUUAAUUUAAAUAGUUUAGAUGAAGAGGAACAUUUUGACUUAACAGAUGAGGCUUGUAAACAUAAAAGAGAGAAAUAUCCUGAGGAUGAUUUUCUAAUGGCUGUGAUAGGUAAGUCAGUGAAAAAGCUGCAGGUUAAUAAGGACUGUCUUCCUCAAAAAUCCACAUCUGUAAAAAUGCUCAGUCCCUUGCAGCGCGCUGUACAAGGAGCAAUAAAACGAGGAGAAGAUCCUAUUUUCUGUUGUCCCGUCAUAGAAAGACCUGAUCCUAAUAAUCCUCAACAAGCUACUAGGGAGCAUCAGGCUCUCCCUUUGAAAGUUUUGAAAGAUUGAAAAUCUGCCUGUGCUCAAUACGGGCCCACUGCUCCUUUUACUACUGCUAUGGUUGACAGGAGAAGCUCUUCCCCCCGCUGAUUGGAAGUCUAUUGCACCAGCUUGUUUAAAUGGUGGAGAUUAUUUAAUAUGGAAGUUUGAUUUUUAUGAACGGGCUGCUGAACAAGCAGAAAAGAAUGCUGCCCAUAAUAUUCCAGUUGAUUAUCAUAUGCUGAUUGGGGAAGGACAAUAUCUUUCUUUACAAGAUCAAUUAACUUAUCCCUUUGUUGCUUAUCCUCAAAUAAAUCAUUUGGCAUUACAAGCCUGGAGGAAAUGACCUUCUACACACAAAACUGAAGAUCUUUCAAAACUUAGACAGGGACCUGAUGAACCAUAUGCUGAUUUUGUAGAUAGGUUGUCACAGGCGGUGGGGAGACUCAUUGUGGACGGACUCACUGGUACGAUUGUAGUUAAGCAACUUGCUUUUGAAAAUGCUAAUAAUGAGUGUCAGGCUGCGAUUCGACCUUGGAGAAAACGGGGAACAUUGGAGGAUUAUAUUCACCUUUGUGCAGACAUUGGGCCUACUUAUAUACAGGGUGCUGCUGUGGCUGCAGCAUUAACUAAAGUGGGGUUUAAAAACAAUCAAAAGAAAACAAAGACUUGUUUUAAAUGCGGAAAGGCAGGUCCUUUUGCUAGAGAAUGUAGGUCUUUUAAUUCUAACCCUAGUCCUUCCUUCCCUACUCAGAAACCUCCAGAUGGUCAGAAAAUCCCUGGUUUAUGCCCUAAAUGCAAUAGGGGAAAACAUUGGGCACAAGAUUGUUGCUCAGUGGCCCACAAGGAUGGGCCACCACUGUCGGGAAACUCUUCCCAGGGCCUUCCCCGGCCCCAACAAAUAAUAAGGGCAAUGUCUGUGUAUCCUCCUCAAAUUAUCAAUCAGACAUUAACCAAAAACAAAAACAUACAAUAUCCUCGCUCUCCAGAGCAACACCAGGAAGCGCAGGACUGGAGCUCAGUACCUCCGCCCGAUAUGUAUUAACUCCUGAAAUGGGUCCUCAGGCCCUCUCUACGGGCAUCUGUGGACCUUUACCCAAGGGUUUGAUGGGACUAUUAUUGGGAAGAAGUAGUGUCACCAUGAAAGGUUUAACUGUUAUGCCAGGAGUCAUAGAUUCUGACUACGAAGGAGAAAUAAAAGUCAUGGCACAAACUAUUAAAAAUAUAAUAACUAUUUCUCCUGGUGAUAAAAUUGUACAAUUGCUACUUUUGCCCUUUCUACCUCAUGGACAAAUUUUACAACAUCAAAAGAGAGAAACAAAGGCUUUUGGAUCGUCUAAUGCUGCCUACUGGAUUCAGAAGAUAGGGAAAGAACGUCCAGAAAUGAAAUGAACCAUUAAUGGAAAGGUUUUUUCAGGUUUGUUAGACACUGGAGCUGAUGUCUCUGUUAUGACGCAGAUACACUGGCCUAAACGUUGGCCCAUUAGUCCUACUAUUACAGAACUUCAUGGAAUAGGACAAAGUUCUUCUCCUAUGCAAAGUAGUCAGUUUUUUUUAUGGCAAGAUAGUGAGGGCCAUUCAGGAUAUUUCCAGCCUUAUGUUUUGCCUGGGCUGCCUUUAAACCUCUGGGGCCGAGAUAUAUUAAAAGAAAUGGGAGUAUUACUUUAUAGUCCAAACUCUCAAGUCUCUAAUAUGAUGUUGGAUCAAGGAUUUCUUCCCACAAAAGGGCUGGGAACAAAUCAACAAGGAACUGUCUAUCCUAUUGAUGUGAAAAUAAAAAAUGAUAGACAAGGUUUGGGUUUUUCUUAGGGGCCUUGGAUUCUCCACUCACUGCUGAUCCAAUUACUUGGCUGACUGAUGACCCUGUAUGGGUGGACCGAUGGCCCCUCACAAAGGAGAAAUGAGAAGCUGCAGAACAAUUAGUACUGGAACAAUUAGGGCAUUUAGAAAUUUCCAGUAGUCCUUGGAAUACUCCUAUUUUUAUUAUCAAGAAAAAAUCUGGAAAAUAUAGGUUAUUACAGGAUCUAAGAGCUGUUAAUAAAACUAUGCUAAUAAUGGGAGCUCUUCAACCAGGCCUACCCUCUCCAACAGCCAUACCACACAAUUAUCAUCUUUUAGUUGUAGAUUUAAAAGAUUGUUUUUUCACUAUUCCUUUGUUUCCUGAAGAUAGAAAACAUUUUGCUUUUAGCUUGCCUGCCUUAAUUUUUAAGGAACCCAUGAGGAGAUUUCAAUGGAAAGUAUUGCCUCAGGGCAUGGCAAAUAGUCCUACAUUAUGCCAAAAAUAUGUGGCUCAGGCCUUGACUCCUGUGAGAAAAAGGUUUCCAUCGUUAUAUCGCAUACAUUAUAUGGAUGAUAUACUUUUAGCCACUGAUAAUAUUUCUUUAUUAGAGACUGCUUUUCAAUUUUUACAACAGUCCUUACAAUCAUUUGGCUUGGUCAUUGCCUCAAGAAAAAUUCAAAGACAAUCUCCAUUUUUAUAUUUGGGAAAAUAUAUUGAUAACACUACUAUUAGGCCUCAAAAACUGCAAAUUCGAGUUGAUAAUUUAAAAACAUUAAAUGCUUUUCAAAAAUUACUUGGAGAUAUUAAUUGGCUAAGGCCUGCCUUAAAACUUACUACUGCUCAAUUACAGCCUUUGUUUGAUAUUCUUAAAGGUGACUCAGAUCCUUCUUCUUCACGCUCUAUGACUCCAGAAGGAUUUCAAGCUUUACAAAUAGUCAAUAGAUCUAUCAGUUCUACACAAUUAACUAGAAUUCAUACUCACCUUCCAAUUUUCUUAAUAAUUUGUCCAACUCCUCAUGUGCCUACUGCCGUCUUAUGGCAAACUGUUGGAAUUAUUGAAUAGAUUCAUAUGAAAUCUACACCCUCUAAAGUUAUUAAUCCUUAUUAUGAACUCAUUAGUAAUUUAAUAAUGCAAGGUAGAACUAGAUGCUUACAACCUAUAAGUAUAGAACCUUCUCAAAUUAUUAUCCCUUAUUCAGUUAGUCAACAAAAUUGGCUUUUUCAACAUAGUAAUGAAUGGGGUCUUGCUCUUGCAGGAUUUUCAGGUACCUUGGAAUGCCAUUACCCUGCUGAUAAAUUGAUCCAAUUCGGCAAACUUAACUCAUAUCUUUCCUUCUAUAAUUAGGCAACAGCCUGUUCCUCAUGUACCUUUGGUUUUUACGGACGGUUCUUCUUCAGGAGUGGCUACUGUAAUCAUUGACGACGGAACAAACCUCGUUAAAGAAACUUCCUUGACUUCAGCUCAACGUGUUGAACUGUAUGCUGUCAUUAUGUCUUUUAAACAUUUGCCUUCUAUAUCUUUUAAUUUGUUUUCUGAUACUUAUUCGUUCCCAUGAUGGUCCUGUUGCAGGUCUGUAUAUCCGUGCUCAUUCUAACUUGCCUGGUCCAUUGACUAAACUUAAUGCGACUGCAGAUGUUUUAACUCGAUCUAAACGUGAUCUUUAUCCUGUACAUUUUCCUCCCAAGAAUAGAGUUGAAGUUACUCCUCCUCCUCAAUCUCUUUUCCCUAAAGCAGGACAUGUCCCAAUUUACCGUACUCCUCCUUUCCGUUCGUCAUGCUCUCAAGAAUGGCUAAUAUACUGCAUUCAUUAUCUUCAUACUCUUGAUACUCAUGGUCCAUGUCCUAGGCACCCUCAUAUUAUGGUAAGUUAUGAUCAAACUGCUUCACAAGCAGCACAGCAGUUGCACGCUUUACACCGUCAGUCAGCGGCUACAUUACACACACAAUUUUCCCUUACUGGUGAAGCCGCCCCACAAAUUGUUAAGCAGUGCCCACAAUGCUUACCUCACCUUCCUGUUCCACAUUAUGUUGUUAAUCCUCGUGGAUUAUUACCUAGACAUUUAUGGCAAAUGGAUGUUACUCAUAUCCCAUCUUUUGGGAAAUUACAGUUUGUUCAUGUCACUAUCGAUACUUAUUCUGGUUUCCUCUGUGCUACAGCACAGACCGGAGAAGCGACUAAACAUGUUAUCACUCAUUUAUUACACUGUUUUGCUUUCAUGAACCUUCCCAAAAUUAUUAAAACAGAUAAUGGGCCCGCUGCUUUUGCAACAUUUUGUAAUUCAUUACAAAAUUACCCAUAUUACAGGCAUUCCAUAUAACCCUCAAGGACAAGGUAUUAUAGAACGUGCAAAUAGAUCUUUAAAGCUAACUAUUGAAAAAAUAAAAAGGGGGGAAUUGUAUAGAACAACGCCACAUAACCUUAUAAAUGAUGCUCUGUUUAUUUUAAAUGUUCUCACUGUUGACAAAUUUGGCUGCUCUGCAGGGGGAAGGUUGGUGGCUGAGCCAAGACUGGCCUCUCAAUCUCCGGAGGUCCUCUGGAAAGAUCCGUUAACCAGCACUUGGCGUGGUCCUGAUCCUGUGUUGAUUUGGGGACGUGGUCACGUGUGUAUCUUUCCCAGAUCAGCGCCUGGACCUUGCUGGCUUCCUGAGCGCUUAGUCAAGCAAAUAGAUGGCUCGCCACAGCUCACCUAGUUCAGAAGAUGAAGAAGCUCUGCACCUCUCCGGAAAAUUUGACAGUGUUGAUUGAGAAAAAGAAGAAGAAGAGGAGACCACUUGCCAGGAUGACUCAAAGGAGUGAUGUUCCAACUUGGGGAAAAAUUAAACAACUGGUUUCAUGAGCUCAAGAGUCAGUGAAACAACAGAAUAAUCCUGUUACACCUGUAACUUUAUUUUUGGCUAUGUUGGCAACCAUUUCAUGUGUUCCCUCUGUUAAUGCAGCAACUUACUGGGCCUAUGUACCUGAUCCUCCACUAUUACAACCCAUAUCUUGGUCUGAAGCAGAGUUUCCUGUAUUUUACAAUGAUAAGUGUUUAUGGGCCUCUUAUUGGGAAUAUAAAACAAAUCAAUAUGUCUGUAAAUUAUACUAACUGGUUUAGUACCCAUCCUGUCUGUCUUAGCCCACUGAAUCUGGAAACUGGAUGUGUAAAGGCUAUUAGUUAUGAGCAUACAGAUGUUUAUGAGGGAACGGAUCAAUCAGUUUGUCAGGCUCUCUAGGCAUCCUUCGUUUUACAGGAACCAACAUUACUCUUACAUGCCCGGCUACCAGCCGACGAGAGGAUCUUAAGGAUACCAUCAUUUGGUAUAAAAUGGGCAAGCUAUUAAUAUUAGAGGUCAAAUCUCAUACGCCUCACCACUUAGGGAUUCCGCUAUUACUAUAGCCAAGGUUACAGGUGAAGAUUCAGGAAAUUAUUUCUGUAUGAAGCGUUUACUUGGAGGACAAGGGAUACUUAUAGCUGGACAUAAGGUUACUAUGCUUAACAGAAAAUCAAAAAAUCAAUUGCCUCUCCUUAUGACCGUUAACUUUCCUGCAUCCACUUUUGAACGUUGCAAUGCAUCUUGGAAUAAUAACCAAAUAUGGUGUACUAUAGAUUAUACCAAGGUGUCAA